CACAUUUCUUCCAUCUUUUCAGCUCUUUAACCCUCCCACACCUUUUCUUUUCUGAACCCAAAUGAAAAAGAGGACAUGAAAAGAAAGGGUUCUGGCUUUCUUUAUGCCCCAGCUGCUGGAAUGUUGUCUCCCCGCGGCCGCGCCACCGCCCGUCCUCUCUCCAUAUAUACCAUACCACCCCUUCCACUGCUCUGCACACUCCAAGCAACCACUACUCUCGCAUACUCACUCUGUCACUCACACACGAGUCCAGUUAGAGGAGAUCAGGAGAGCUCAAAGCGUACACUAGCUAGUAUGGCGGCGGGAAGCGGAGGCAUCGCCGACGAGAAGGCGCCGGAGGCGUUCGGGCUGAGCCGGCACGCCCCAGAGGCGGCGGAGGAGGAACACGGCGGCGGCGGCGAUUCGAGCGUCAAGUCCAAGCUGUCCGGCUUUCUGUGGCACGGCGGGUCCGCGUACGACGCCUGGUUCAGCUGCGCCUCCAACCAAGUGGCGCAGGUGCUUCUGACGCUGCCCUACUCGUUCGCGCAGCUGGGGAUGCUGAGCGGCAUCCUGUUCCAGCUCUUCUACGGGCUGCUGGGCAGCUGGACGGCGUACCUCAUCAGCAUCCUCUACCUCGAGUACCGCACCCGCAAGGAGCGCGACAAGGUGGACUUCCGGAACCACGUCAUCCAGUGGUUCGAGGUCCUGGACGGCCUCCUCGGCCGGCACUGGCGCAACGUGGGGCUCGCCUUCAACUGCACCUUCCUCCUCUUCGGCUCCGUCAUCCAGCUCAUCGGCUGCGCCAGCAACAUCUACUACAUCAACGACCGGCUGGACAAGCGGACGUGGACCUACAUCUUCGGCGCCUGCUGCGCCACCACCGUCUUCAUCCCGUCCUUCCACAACUACCGCGUCUGGUCCUUCCUGGGCCUCGUCAUGACCACCUACACCGCCUGGUACAUCGCCGUCGCGUCGCUGCUCAACGGCCAGGUCCAGGGCGUGUCGCACUCGGGGCCGGCGAGCAUCGUGCUCUACUUCACCGGCGCCACCAACAUCCUCUACACCUUCGGCGGCCACGCCGUCACCGUGGAGGUCAUGCACGCGAUGUGGCGGCCCCAGAAGUUCAAAUCCAUCUACCUGCUGGCCACGGUGUACGUGCUGACGCUGACGCUGCCCUCCGCCUCCGCGGCGUACUGGGCCUUCGGCGACGCGCUCCUCACCCACUCCAACGCGCUGGCGCUCCUCCCGCGCACCCGCUUCCGCGACGCCGCCGUCGUGCUCAUGCUCAUCCACCAGUUCAUCACCUUCGGCUUCGCGUGCACCCCGCUCUACUUCGUCUGGGAGAAGCUCAUCGGCCUCCACGAAUGCCGCAGCCUCUGCAAGCGCGCCGCCGCCAGGCUCCCCGUCGUCGUGCCCAUCUGGUUCCUCGCCAUCAUCUUCCCCUUCUUCGGGCCCAUCAACUCCGCCGUCGGCUCCCUCCUCGUCAGCUUCACUGUCUACAUCAUCCCGGCCAUGGCGCACAUGGUCACCUUCAGGUCCCCACAGUCGCGUGAGAACGCCGUGGAGCGGCCCCCGAGGUUCGCCGGAGGAUGGACGGGCGCGUACGUGAUCAACUCCUUCGUGGUGGCGUGGGUGUUGGUGGUCGGGUUCGGGUUCGGCGGCUGGGCCAGCAUUACCAACUUCGUGCAGCAGGUCAACACGUUCGGGCUCUUCGCCAAGUGCUACCAGUGCCCGCCGCACCUCGCCGCUCCGCCGGUGCCCCUCGCGCCGCCGCCCAUGGCCCCAACCCCCUCAAUGCCACCUGCAAUGUCGUUCAACGCCACCGGUGGCGCCGGGUUGUUCCCUCCGGUUCCGGCUCCGGCUCCGGUUCCAUCUCCGGCUCCAUCUCCGAUGAUGCACUUCUUCCUCCCCCACCACCACCACCGGCACGGUCUGUGAUCGGGGAUCAUGUUGCCUUGAUGCGACCGGGCUGUGGCGACGGAUGUCAGUACUCAAGCUUGCUGUAGCUUUAGCUAGUUAUUAAUCAGCAGCAAGGUGCAACUUAGCCUUAGCAAAAAGUCCUUCGUUCUACUGUUAAUUCCUUCUAGCUUGCUGUUGAGAUAGAAGAGAGGCUACGCUGGUGGUGACAAGCCUAGCUAGCGAGCUAGGUACCGGCAGUAGCAUGUCAAGCAGAGAUAAGUUUCAUUGUCCUGUAAUGUGUCCUUGCGUGGAGCUGCUUUUGAGAAGAAAUUAAAGGAAGCAAAAAAGAAAAAGAGAAAUGGAAUGUUACUGAGGCAGCAGCACACUCUGUUAUUCUCAU